GUGACUUCCAUCUAAUUUGACGAACGGCCGAGUUCGAAUAUACUUACUGUGUAUGUGCAGCGCCGUACAAGAGCCGGCCCGACUAACAGCUCAGCACCAAUCCCUGAGUCCACACUCCCAGAUCACCAAACUCGCCCGCUGAGGGAUCUCGGCCUCCCACCCACCCGACACCAUGAUGGUCGAUCCGUUCGAGGUGCGGAUGCGCUUUACGGCGCAGCUGCAACACCUCAACGCCUCCAUCACCUCAUCUCAGAAGGCUGCGCACUAUGCGUUGAAAUACCGCGACAUGGACGAGGACCUCCACUCGUGCAUCCUUGAACAAUUAGAGCGAAACAAUAUGAACAACCGCGCGAAUAUCAUGUACUUCGUCGAGCAAUUCUGCGAGAUGGCCACAAAGGAAGACCACGCGCCCUACGUCCGCAUGAUCCAGCGCGACAUCAUCCGCAUUGUCGACGCGGUGGCGCCCCCGGACGGCUCCGGCGCGGCUAAUGUCAAGCAUGUGCGGCGGGUGCUGAACGGGCUGCAAUCAAAGGAGAUUCUGUCGGCCGCGACGGUGGCGGAGAUCGAUGCGGGGCUGAAGGAGCGGGAGACGCACACAGCGCAUCUGGAUCUCGAAGGGGAGGAAGAAGGCGGUGGUGGCGAGGGCGGAGGGGUCGGAGCGACGGGGGCGGGCGGCGGGGGCGGCGGCGAUGCGAGGGCUAAGGGUGCGACGCCGCGUGGUGCGCGUGGCCGGGUCGAUAAGCGACAGAUCGAGCAGCGGAUUGAGGAGGACCGAGAGCGCAACAAGCGACUCCGUGAGAGUAUGUGGACGGUCAGUGGGGAUGAUGGUGACGAGCAUGGGAAGUUCUGGGAUGAGGCGAGUGAGAUUGGAGAGGAUGACUUUUUGGCUGCGCAGGAGGAGCUGAUGGAGCGGAAUCAGAUGGUGCAGGCGAGGUGAUGUCUGUCUUAUUGGUGAUGGUGGUGGUGAUGGUUUGCGAGUGUGUCUCUUCAUUUGUUUCAGGGUCUUUGUACUUGGUGUUUUUUUGGGGGGGAUAUGGUUGAUGGGAGUUUUAUGGUUUCUGGUGCAUGUUUACGGUGAUACUCACUGCAUGGUUUGGCGUUAUCACUUUACUAACCUGUGGAGAUGUUCUUACUGGUUCUUGU